UUACGUCAUAGAUAACUUAUCAAAAGAAAGCCAGUCGAACUCUGCCACUUUUCACGAUAAGACAGAACCAAAGUAAUAGCUAACCUCGCCAUCAAACACCUUUAAUGUAUUUUGGAUUGUGAAGGAAGAUGACAGAGAAAAACAGAUUCGUCACUUUGGUCACUUUUUGUACCUUGACUGCUUUAGUGACCUCUCAGACUUGUCCUCCAACAGAAGACGUCGCCCCAUGUACGUGUAAGGUUUCGAGAAAAGGUACUGUCCUAGUGGAAUGCGUCAAUAUUAAUUCAGAAGAGAUUCUUACUAGGGCUGUACAAGCGCUUAAAGGUUAUGAAAUUGCGUAUUUCAAGCUAGUGAAAUCAAACUUGAGCUCGCUACCAAGUGGCCUGUUUGACGGGACGAAAAUUAAUCGGAUUGAGAUCCUCAGUUCUGUUCUAAAUGACCUUGGACCCAAAGAUUCAGACGCUUCGCCUUUCAUUGGUCUCGAAGACUCACUCACGGAGCUUGUAAUAUUUUCACCCAUGAAAUCGGUGAAGAAGUGGAACUGGAAACAUCUUUCUCCACUGACUAAGAUGAAAAGGCUUUUGAUCAACAGAUGUCAUAACACUCUCAAGGUUGAAACGGAGUUAUCGUACGUCACAAAUUCAUCAGUGACCUGGUUUCAGUUUAGCACAUGUUGCAUAACAGAAGUAAGACCAGGUGCUUUGGAUGCUUACCAGAACCUUGAAACCCUCGAUCUCAUGGGGAACCGACUUUCUAGAUUAAGGAGAGCUACCCUUCCGAAAACUGCUCCCAAUCUAAAAAAAUUAGAAUUGAGCCGGAAUAUGAUUUCCAUUAUAGACGUGGACACGUUUACAAACCUACCUGCCUUGAAGGAAAUAUACUUGGAAAGUAAUGAUAUAGCAUACAUAUAUGAAGACGUGUUUGGUGGUAUCUGGAAUCAACUGGAACUCCUUGAUUUGAAAGAUAACAAUAUAAUAUGUGACAUAAACCUGGCAUGGAUUGUUGGUCAACAAAUGAUCUAUGACAGUGCUGACCAGGUUCCUCUUCAGUGUGGUUAUCCAAGCACCAUGACCGGUAGAUCUAUCAAAACGCUGACGAAAGAAGAAUUACGUGCCGUCGGUGUAGUGCAGCGUCCAGUUGGAAGAAACAAGAAAGAUAAUUUUUGCAUAGAUACAGAAUAAAAAGCUGAAAUUUUGACAAAGAAGAUAAGAAAGUUUCUUGCUGUGUAAAUCUAGAGAAAAUUUAUGAUAUAAAACGCCAUCUAUUGGUGUUUGAAGAUAAAAAUUAAAAA